GUCCGCCCCAUUUUGAAUUACCCAUAUUUGUGAACUACUUACUACUUACUGUAGUAUGCUAUGCAUGUCGAACCUAACCAGAAAAAAGAACCUCCGCGUUCGAUUCAUACAUGGGGACCUCUGCCGCUUUCCCCCAACCAAUCAAUUCUCAUGUACAAAAUUACAAUGUUUGCUUUGUUCGUCGUUCUGACAUUGUCCAGGGAGACAGAUAUACAUAGCACAGGAAAAGCAAACGCUCAAGGUAUCAUCAUGUGAGGCACGUGGGCCAUCCAAAUCCCUACUUGGGCCAAGUUCCCUAGGAAGGGGGGCAUCGAAAGAAAACCAGAAUAUUA